UUUCAUUGAGUACGGAUGUGCAAAGGCGCUGUCUAUAGAUCGCUUAGCAUAAUGGCAACAAAUAUAUUGAAAUGCAAUAAUUGUAAUAUUGUAAUUAGUGAACUAUUAUCUUUUGUUCAAAAUAAAUGUGAUGUUAUGGACGAGGAAAGUCUCAUUCGUAUUGUUACGACUUCAUUUUCGAGUGAAGAAAUCAGGGAAGCGAAGACUUUGUUAUUUGACUCAGUCAAUACGAAGAUACGAAAGAUUAUGCGGAAAAAGGACGGUAAAGAGAAGCGGGAUAUAGAAGAUAUUUUAUCACUAUUGAAAGGAAUAGAUCCCGAAAAAAUUCCGAUUUUUGUCGCAAGAAACUUACAGAAACUACCCCCCAUAAGUUUUGAUCACGUAGAUGUAACCAAAUUAUUAAAAGAUAUACUCGUGUUGCAACAGGAGGUUCGAACUGUAAAGGAAACCUGCGCUACAACGGAAGAAUUACAGUUGAUAAAGAAUGAGUUGGCAAAUUUAAAAUCAGCCUCAAUUGUGAAUAACUUUGAACCCUCACAAUAUAUAAACACGAAGAGAGGGUGUGCAAAUGUUAUUGAUAAUUUUCAUUACGACAGUGGACCCAUUGGAUUGCUUCAUAUUUCUCAGGAAGAGAAAAAUGGAAAUAUAAAUAGCGAGUGCAACAUAAAUAUUCCAUCGAAAACGCAAUCUAAUUGUUUGAUAAAUAGUACAUUAGAAAACGUAAGUGCGAGGGUAGAAGAUACAGUACAUCAAUGCAAACAAAACAUAGCAGCGGACACGCAAGUGAGUGCGACCGGUGUGAACAUAGCCAAUAGUCACAACACAGUCUCCCAUCCAUUAGUAGUGGAAAAAUCAUUUGCUGAUAUUGCUUCUGGCGGAAAAUGGAAAAAUGGAAAAAAGUCAGAAGAUUGGAUAGUUGUACAAAGAAAGAAACUCAGAAAUAGAUUUAUGGGGAAAAGAGGACAAGCAAGUACAGAACCGGAGGAAAAAUUUCGAGCAGCAGAUGUAAAGAUACCGCUUUUUAUAAAUAAAGUUGAUAAAAAUACUUCCAUAGAGGACAUAUCUUCAUAUAUUUUGCAAAAAACUAAGGUGUCUGUAGCGCUAGAAAAAAUUUGCAUGAAAUUUCAGAAGGAAUAUGAUGCGUAUAAAAUAUUUGUACCGCAAAGUAAAUUAUCUAUAUUUAUGGAUGCAGGUCUAUGGCCUGAUGGAAUUUCGUUUCGUCGGUUUGUUACUUUUAAAAAGACAUCUGGUAAUGAUGACAAGUUUUUAAAUACAAAAUAACAAUGCAUAAUAGAACACUAACUUUGAUAUCCUUCAAUUGUAAAUC